CCAGCGGACAGCUUAGAGUUUAAAAACAACAAAGAGAUCACUUUCUGAUAUAGGUCAAGCAAGAAAAUGGAAAAUUCACAGAGUCCUAUGCUACUUUUUCUAGGAAUACACAUUUUCUCAGUGCAGUGGAUGCUGACCCAUCAGCAGGUCAAUGUGGCCUUAAGUGGAAAAGCAACACAAUCUUCCAUAUUUGCUGGCAGUUACUAUGCUUCCUUAGCUAUUGAUGGCAACAGAGCAUCUAACUUCAGAUCCUACUCAUGUGCAUGUACAAAUGCUGACAAUAGCCCCUGGUGGAGAGUGGACUUGUUAGCGGUGUAUGACAUUAGCAAUGUAAUCAUUACUAACAGAGGUGACUGCUGUCCAGAACGGAUAAAUGGUGCUGAGAUCCACAUUGGCAAUUCCUUAGUCAACAAUGGCAACAGUAACCCCAGAUGUGUUGUUAUCCCUAGCAUCCCUGCUGGUGCCUCUGCAAAUUACACCUGCAAUAUGCGGGGUCGUUACGUGAAUAUUAUCAUUCCCAAUGUUGCCCAGCACCUCACGCUCUGUGAAGUGGAAGUCUAUGGAGUUCCAGUCCCCGUAUUUAAGAAGGCAUACCUGAAAUUAAAGUUUAAUGGCAUUGAGGAUCUCAGCAACCCUACCAUGACGGAAAAUGUUCUUCAAAAGAUCAAAUCUGCCAAUGUCCAGUCAUCAGUAUUUCAGGUCCGUUGGACAAAGGAACCAGAACUUGAAACUGACACCUGACACUUAAAAAGGGUACCAACAUAUGGAAGCACAGCAUUAUCUACUGGAAUAUAGCUGUAUGCCCAAAACACUACAGGAUAUGUGAAUGAUAUUUGAACACAUUUAGGAGAAGAAGGAAAACACCGAUCCACUGAUGCUCACUGAUAUCUCAUGCUCUUAUCUGAGAAAGAGAAUGAGAUACAUACACUACCAAUCAAAAGUUUGGACACAUCUUCUAAUUCAAUGUUUUUUGUUUAGGGAUUUAUUUUCUACAUUCUAGAAGAAUGCUGGAGAUUUCAAAACUGUGAAAUAACACACAUGGACUUAAGUAAUCCAUAUGUAAUGACAACAAAAAACAGUCAGUUGUUAUUUUAAGACACGAAGGUCAGGUGUUCUGGAAUAGUUCUUGCAAGAACAGUAUUGUCAAGUGCAUUUACAAAACCCAUCAAGCACCAUGAUGAAACUGGCUCACAUGAAGACCAUCCCAGUAAAGCAAGACCAAAACUGACCUCUGCUGCAGAGGAGAAGUUCAUUUAGAGUUACCAGCCUCAGAAAUCACCAAUUAACAGCACCUCAGAUUAGAGACGUUAUGAAGGCUUUACAGAGCAUCAGUAGC